GUCCAUCCACAUACCUUCCAGUAGGGUGAAGGAGCAGCAGGAUGAAGAUGGUAUCUGAGUGUGUGAAGACAUCAGAGGGGGCCAAACUGAGGAGAAAGUAAUGAGGACAAAGAGAAACAGUGACUAAGCCUCACUCCUGUUUCACUCCUGUCACAGAAGUUUGAAGGAGUGCUGCUCUCAUGGCGGGACCAGCACCACAGGAGCCCAUAAAGACCCAGCAGAAGUGCAUUGCCAUCUUUGCCCUCCUCUGUUGCUUUUCUGUGCUGCUGUCUCUGGUCUUCUCAUCAGUGGACAUUUGGGGGGACGAUGAGGAUGGUAUCACAGAGGAGAACUGCAGCAGAGAUUGUCGCAUCGAGCUUGUGGAGAAUAUUCCAGAUGACCUCUUCCUCCAGGUGGACGGCAGACCUCACCUCCCUCUCUCGGCUGGCUUUCACAUAUUGUUGGACCAUGCAAAGCACUCGGUGGAGGUGGUGUCACCUGUAUGGACCUUAAACCCCUGGGAUCUGGAAACAACCCCAAGCAUAGCCAAACAGGGUCAGCUUUUGUUCCAGAGACUGCUCAACCUGAAAUCUCAUGGGGUUAAACUCAAGAUUGCCAGCAGUCUGACUAACUCGGCUGAACUGAAGACCUUGGCAGCACACAGUGCAAAGGUUCAUUACCUAAAUAUGACAGCUUUUACCAGAGGGGAACUCCAUUCCUCAUUCUGGAUCGUGGAUCGGACGCACAUUUACAUCGGGAGCGCCUACAUGGACUGGAGGUCACUGUCGAAGAGGAAAGAAUUGGGGCUGGUGUUGUAUAACUGCAGCUGCCUGGCUCUGGACCUCCAUCGAGUCUUUUUGUUUUACUGGCAGCUCCAUGACAGGGACUAUAUCCCCUCCAUCUGGUCAAAGAGAGUUACAGCCCUCUACGGGAGGCACGAUGCCUUGGAGCUGCAAUUCAACUCUUCUGAGGCUUCUGCUUAUGUAUCUACCUCUCCUGAAAUCUUCUGUGCUAAAGAUCGCACCAGAGAUGUAGAUGCCAUCUACCAAGUCAUCCAGAGUGCAAAGACAUUUAUUUUCAUAUCUGUGACAGACUACCUCCCUCUGUUGAGCAGGAGUUUCAGAGGAACUACAGUCACAAGGUACUGGUCCCCUAUUGAUGAGAUGAUCAGAGAGGCUGUGGUACUCAGAGGAGUCAAAGUUCGCCUGCUGAUAAGCUUCUGGAAGAAGACUCACCCUCUCACCUUUAACUUCGUCACCUCCCUUCAGUCACUCUGCAUGACCCUACACAACUGUUCAUUAGAGGUGAGGUUUUUUAGCCACAAGGAGCAAAAAGAAGAUGCUCAACAUGGACUAAACCACAACAAGUACAUGGUGACUGACAACGCCCUGUACAUUGGAAACCAUGACUGGGUUGGAAGUGACUUUGCCAUAAAUGCAGGAAUUGGCCUGGUGAUUAAGAUGAACAACGGUCCCACGGACAGAGGAGCGACAAUCCUGGAGCGCGUCAAGGCUGCGUUUGAACGAGACUGGAGAUCAAAAUUCGCAAAGAGUUUGCAAGGGAACAAAGACCAGCAGAGCAAAUACAGACACAUGUUCCAAAAGAAAAUGCACAUGGGGAGUAAAGAGGAAAAGAAGUGGAAUGACCCUUUAUCUUGAUAAGCACAGAAUGUCUUGUUUGCUGCCUAACCUUGGUUU